AGUUGCUGCAGCAAACCUCUGGUUUGCACAGCUUCAUCAGCUCAGAGGUCUGGGGGCUGCCCCAUGCAGGGGAGAUGGCUGCCUGAACAUCUCCUUUUUUGCAGACUCUUCAGUCUCCUCCUAGCAAAGCAGGUCUUGGCCAUGUGGCUUGGGGAAAAGUCCUCCCCAGCUGUUCCUUGGUUGGCCAUGUGCUCCACACGCAGCAUGGUGGGGAGUGUUGGGCUUCUGUAGCAUCUGAGGAGUGUCUGGCAGAACUAGAGCUCCUUGGGGAGAUGCUAGGCUUCUGGAGCGCAACCUGACUACGAGCAGGAUCUGGGGAUGGUCUCUUCCAUUUGCUCAUGGGUCCUGGGAGUGCUGGUGCUGGCUUUCGUCUGAGCAAGGAGGGAGCAGUGCAUGGCUCUCAGGAUCCAGCAUCUUAGAGAUGCUUAGGGUUUAAUGAAAAAUACAUUUGCUCUUUUCAAGCUCCUGUAACUGCAGCAAAAAGCUCUUUUAGAUUAAAUAGUAAAUCAUGGUUUGACAGAUAAUGUCACAUCCUGAAGGUCGAGUAAGGUUUGCAUGGCAGCCUGGCAGGGGGAUGAAGGGGAUGCUAGGCAAGCUGCCUCUGAGGCUACAGCAAAGGGCUUGGGGGCUGUUUUUUUGUUUUAAUUAAUCAAAUGCCAAGCAGCUCAGCUCAGAAACACACUGCAGAUGCUAAGUACUGUCCCCAUUCCUGCUGGGCUGCUUGCUUUGUGGCUGUGACUGUGGCUGCUUGCUUUGGAAAAGAUAUGUUUAAGAUAGAGAAGCUUCCUGGGAUGAAGGACUCAUAAUGAUUUCCUGCUGCUGCUGGCUGUACUCCAGCUAUGCAGCCCAAUGGGAUGGAGUUUGAGUGCUCGUUCUCCCCACCCAUGUGCAAAGCCAGACCCACACGCCAGCACUAGCUUCUCCCAUGCAGAUCUCCCCAACUCCCCCUGCUGCUCUGGCAUUUUAUCCUUCACCUGUUGUCACAGCACUCAGCCUUGCCCACCUGCCAGUUUCUACCUUAACAGAGACUGUCCCAGUGCUGCCCUCCAGUAUGCCUCUGCUCUGCCCAGGAUGGCUCCCCUGUAGGAUCAGUCCAGUAUUCACACACUCAUGCACACACACAUACACAUGCACACUUACACACACAGGUCUAGAAACAAAGGGGGGAAACCUCAGCCAAGCCCUGAACCUGCCAAAUUUUCCAUUUAUUUCCUUGCAGGUCUUGGCAUUGCAUGGAGCUCUGGGCAGCCUGGCAGCACUGAGCAGUGAGAGGAAGUGGCUCCUUGCCCGAGCUCCCCUGUAUGGUUCAUGCUCUUCUGUAGGAUGUAUUUGCUUCCCUCCUCCAUCCUCGCAUGCCACCCACAACUCAUCUCAUCUGAUGGUGCCUCCAUCCUCCACCAUGAAUGAUGAGCAGAGACUGCACAACAACGCAGUAGCCUGGCUGGUCUGCUCGGGGGUCUCAAUUCUCACCAACACCUGGGGGAUCCUGAGUGUGAGUGCCAAGCAGAAGAAAUGGAAGCCACUGGAGUUCUUGAUCUGUACCCUGGCCGGGACGCACAUCCUUAAUAUUGCCAUCCCUGUCACCAUGUAUUCUGUGAUCCAGCUCCGGAAGCAUCACUCAGACUACGAGUGGAAUGAGGGCCUCUGCAAGGUCUUUGUCUCCACCUUCUACACCUUGACACUGGUCACCUGCUUCUCGGUUACCUCACUGUCCUACCACCGCAUGUGGAUGGUCCGCUGGCCAGUCAACUACAGGUUAAGCAAUACCAAGAAACAAGCCGUUCACACUGUGAUGGGGAUCUGGAUGGUAUCCUUCAUCCUGUCCACACUGCCGGCUGUGGGAUGGCACGACACCACUGAGCGCUUUUACGCCAGGGACUGCCGGUUCAUCGUCACAGAGAUUGGUUUGGGCUUUGGCGUGUGCUUCCUCCUCCUCAUCAGUGGCAGUGUGGUGAUGGGUGUUGUCUGCAUGGGCAUCACCCUCUUCCAGACCUUCUCCAUCCAGAUGGGGCACAAUGUGGACAAGAACAAGUUCAACGUACCCACCAUCGUGGUGGAAGAUGCACAGGGCAAGCGACGCUCAUCCAUCGAUGGCUCUGAGCCCCUCAAGACUUCUCUGCAGAUUACCUACCUUAUCACAGGGAUUGUGUUCAUGUAUGACUUCCUGAUGGGCUUCCCCAUCCUGGUGGUGAGCUUCGCCAGCCUCAAGUCUGACAUGGCGUAUGCCUGGAUGGUGCUGUGUGUCAUCUGGUGCUCCAUCGUCCAGGCCAUCCUCCUCCCACUCUUCCUCUGGGCCUGUGACCGCUACCGAGCAGAUGUCAAGUCCGUCUGGGAGAAGUGCAUAGCCAUCAUGUCCAAUGACGACGUUGAUGAAGACAACAGCCUGGAUGGUGCCAUUCAUGCAGACCUGAUGUACGAGAGGCCCUACGACUACAGCUACGGGGGGGAUGUCAUGACAUUGGACCACAUUGUGAAGUAUGACUUUUCGGCCCUGGAGCGAGGGAUCCCCCAGGUCUAUCCUCCCCGGUCAGUGCAAGAAGACAAAAUGCAGUAUCUCCAGGUGCCCCCCAUGCGGCGUUACUCUCAUGAUGAGACAGACAUCUGGACAACAAGCCAAAUCUCAGCCUACCUGCAGCGCUGGGGGGCAGGAGAUGAUGUGGCAGGUCUGGCCCCUUUCCUUACGCCCCGACGAGACCGGCGACGCGGCAGCCUCAUCUCCUGCCCUGAGGAGCGGCUGCCUCACCACAAGCGCAGGAGGUCAGCUGAAAGCCUCCUCUCCCUCAAGCAGCUGUCCCGCGAGGACCUCUACAAGGGAGACUACAAGUGCUUCAGCCGGGAGGAGGUGGUGAACUUCAUUGACGAGACCCCACUACCCAGCCCCAGGAAGAGCCCUGGGCGUUCAUCCUCCGUGUCCUUGUUCCCUGACACCUUCCUGCACCCACCCACCAGGCUGGCUGGCUUCCCCCUCACCCACUUUGAGCGGGAGCCCCAGGGGCUGCGCAGGUUCUCAGCACAAAGCCAGGGAUGCAGCCUGGUUGUGCCUGGAGCCCUGCAUGCCCAGGAGGACCCUGUGUGCCUCUUUCCUGAGGGGAACCGAGGCCCUUGCAUAGGGCAAAUCCAAAUUGAACUCUGCGAAGCCCAGGCCCUGGACAACUGCCCGGCCAUCAGCAGCUGCUCUGAAUCAGGGGGGUUUCGGACGGCUCUGAGCACCUCCUGGGGUGACCAGGAAAACCUGGGGAGAGGUGGGAACAAAGGGAGCACCACGAGCUUUCUGAGCUCCCCUUCUGCUUCCUCUGGGUACAUCACAUUUCAUUCAGACUCCAUUGGCUCAGCUUCAUAGGUCCAGCAGUGCGGGGCCUGUGAUGUGCAUAUCCCUGCCGUUUCGUUGGCACGCCAGUUUUCUAUGGCUUUUCUUUUGUCUUUACAAAAUGUAGUCUUGGUUUGGAACCUGGAGGUGGGCAAAGCACCAAAGAAAUCCUAUAUAGGUCACACACAAAAAUAAAGGGAUGGGGAGGGGUUGGGAGUGGGCAGGGGAGAGACUCGUCAAACAUAGAUCUGCUUGGAGCAUGCUGUCAGGAUGCUGAGACCUGCAUGCAACAGGCAGAGAAUGGCCCGCUCCUCCAGGAAGCUUUCCAUGUGUGGAUAGGCAACCUCAGGGGGGAGCGGGAGGAUGAGGGGCAGCAUGGGGCUUCUGUCCAUACCUGCCUGGUGGGAGCUCAAUCUAAUACCAUGUUCUCACCCCCUACUUACCAGUAGUAAUGGUUGUGCAUGUGUAUUUCUAGCAGUCAGUACUACACAGUUUUCUCCUUAUAAGGCUGUUGUAGAAAGCCACAUUCAGUUUGCUUCAGAAAUAAAUAAGGGCAUUGUUCAAUGCCCCCUGAGCGAAGCAGCCUUAUUCCCUGAGUACUGUAGACUUACAAUGGGGCACCUUAUAGUGAGGGGUCAGUGUGCAUACCUGGGUGCACGCAGGUAUUGGUUAUCCAAGACCUUGAUCUCUUUCUGGAUAAAGAUGUGUAAAGCAACAACCACCAGGUGUCUGUGCUUGGGGAACCUGCCAGCCUGGGCCAGUCAUGUGUGCAGUGAGUCAGGAUGUCAGAUGGAGACACAGGCUUCAGCAUAUGGCAUGUAGGACAACGUGAUGGCAACUUGCACAGGGUGCUGCUGACAGUAGUCAUUCAUGCAGAGGGGAACAGCUGUAGCCACCGAGUCCAACUUUGACAUUUACAAAUCAUUAAGGGCCUUUGUUUUUCUUCCUCUACUGACCUGAUUAGAAACAAGAACCAGCCAGGGACUGCUGGGGGAGUUGGGUGGGGGUGCAAAUCAAGUGGGCCCCUUGAGGACAAAGCCUUUACAAUGGUGGAAAAAUGGGGGCUGUUUUGCAAGGAAUGUUGAUAUGCUGGGCAGAAUACAGGCACUGAAAGGCUUUUGUCACAAGCCAAAGGCUGAGUUAAUCUCCAGCAGAACCAGAGGAGACACUGAACUUUUCUUGUCUGCCUGUCACAAAGAGAGGUGGGUCAGGAGGGAAGAAGUGCCAUUUCCAUUUCAAUGGCUGUGUCCCAGCAGCUCUGUAACCCGCUGUUCUGUCACAAUGCAGCUACCUCUAAAGAGGCAGGAUAGCUCUGUUUUGGCUGGAGAAAUAUUAGAAAGAGAAAUUGGGGGUGGGGAAGACUUUGUGUGUGUCUUUGUUUUACCAGAAGGCUGUUUGGGGAGGGGCAGUACAGGGGGGAGGGAGUUAAAUUCCAUUAGUGACUUUUUAGGAAUGUCCAAGAGCUACUUUUUGGCUAUGUACAGGAUGCAUGUGUGUACAGUGUUCUGCAUCGUAGAAAGGGACUGUUAGGGUGGUUAAGAAGUAUACUUAGCUCAAGAACAUGGGCUCAGUAUUUUGCAACACAGGGAAUUAAGUUUACUGACUCCUUCCUGUAUAUACUUUAAUGACAACUGGUACCUGACAAAUGUGUGGCUGGAGCUCUGGUAUAUGGAGAACAGGUUCCAGCUCUUAGCCAAGCCAAACAAAUAAGGGCCAUUUUUUGAGAUGCUGUAACAGCAGAUUAUCACAGAAGAAUAUAUGGUUUGCUGACAGCAUCUUCAUUGCUCGUUACUAAGGCUAUGUACUUUCAUUCCUGUGGUGAGAGUGUGUUGGUCUGCCACUGCCUGCUGAUCUGCUGCAUGGGCGGGACGCACAAGAAUGCAAUGGUCUUAUACCGUGUUCAAUGCAGAUCUCCAUCUCUCUGCUUUGGGACAGUUUGAGAAUAGGGAGCCAGUGCCUCCUGAUUCUUUGGGCUGACAUCCUGCCCGAACAAUUAAUUUGUUUUCUUUAGUUUUGUCACAAAUGCAAAGACAAGCUAAAGGUAAAAUGGAGCUGAUUUCCAGGUCGUUAAAACCAUAAGGAAGCAUGCUUAAUAUGGGAAAAAGCAAUGAUCACCACUUCCCCCAGGUCUACUUCAGGAAGCAAGAGGGUGGGUCCAGCAUAGCCCACUCUGUUAUCCCCUUCCUUCCCUUCUGUCUUUACAAACUGCUUCCUUCCUUUCUGUAUUUACAGUCCUUUCUGUUCCCUUCUGUAUUUACAACCUGGGUUCAGCUCUGACCAAUUGGGUGGGGAGGGGGAAGGGAUCUCAUCACAGGCUGAUAGGAAACCCAAAUCCUUCUUGCUGCUACAUUCUCUGAGGUCUCCCAGUUGUGCACAAGAAACUACUUGGAGUGCCCAUAGGAAAGGAUUGAGGUUUUCUACCCAUCAGCACCAUAGUGCUUGCUGUUGUGCUCAGCUUCCAGGAAGUUUAGGGUGCUCUUUGUCUCCCAGAAGUUGUCAGGGCACUGAUUCUUACCCCAGGACUUGUGUAUAGGGCAGAAGGCAUGAGACUGCAAGGAGUCACUUCUGAUACUUGCAGCUACCAGAGGGAUUAAAAGAAAAGAACACAGGACCUUUUUUUGUUUUGUUUUAGUAUCAGCCUGUUAAAACAGAGGAAGAAUCUUUGUUGCCAAAGUUCAUAUUUCACCGUUGACUCUAUUGACAUGGGUCCUAGCAGAGCAGUCUUGCUUCCAGCUACUGGAAUGGGAGCUGAGCCACUGAUUUCCAUAGAGCAAACCCUGGCCCCAGGUCUGUGUCAUGGGCUGGAUGUCAGUAAAUUUAGGAUGAAAAUAUAUUCAGUUUUGGUGUUUGCAAAUGCAAAGCCCAAGUGUAGUAAGAUAACAGCAGCACAUGUGAUACACAGAAGAGCAAAGCAGGACAAGCCCAAGUCGACUGCUACCAAAUAUGUUUUGAAAAGCAGAAAAUGAAGAGAGUGUUCUCUGACACUCCUCUUUGUCUCAGCAGAGCCCUGCUGGGUCCCAGCAUUGUCUCAUUGCUCUUUCUUGUGUGGUUUUCCUGACACAUCCCAUCUCAGCGAGACUGUGAGCACUUUGAGGCAGGGACCUAGGAGUUCCUUACAUAUUUGCAUGUGCAAAAAGCUUGGCAUGCUCACGGGCACUACUGUAAUGGCAGUGAUGCUAGGAGGGCUCCAGAGCAAGAAAUGCAGGGUCACAGGCUUGAGUGAUGACAAUACCUGUCUGGUGAUGCUCCUGUUUCCAGACUCAAAGUAGUGUGCUUUGUCUUUGCACUGGGAACAGCACCAGGUGGUGAAGGGAGACCUGCUGGCCUGGGGAAGGUGAGUGUACCAUCCCACCGGGCACUGUGCCUGUGUGUACACUACUCCCAAAUAAGCCAGGCACUGCCCCAAAUCGCUCACAGUUCUGAAGUCAGAAGGGAUCCCACUUGUGAUACCCUGUCAGAGAAGUGGGACAGAUAGGAAAAAGGAUGUUGCAGAUUCUGCUACGCAGAUCUGACCCCAAUGGUCCAUGCCUCUGUCAGCAUCUAGUGCUGAGGCUGCUCCUCCUUUGAAGAGGCAUCCUGAUGCCCAGCUGACACCCUUGGGACCCUUCACCGCCUCACGCCACAUUUCUCCUUUCUGAUAAACUCUGCCACCAACUCCUACCUCAUUAAUUUUUCUCCUCCUCCAAGGCUGACUUCUGCAGUCUUGACAGGGACACCGCUGCUGUGUCCCUCCUGCUCCCCCUUGUGGCCCCUCAGCUGAGUUGCUCCCAAUGAGGCAGGAGGCAAGGAUUUCUGAGGGUGGUAUCUUUUACUGAACCAACUACAUAGUUGGCAUAGAGUUAGACAAGCUUUUAAAUACAAGAUAUCCACAGGCCUUUUUUUCUUCCAGAGUACCCCUGGGGGACUCAUCACCCCCAGUUACCUCUGUCAUGACUAAUUUGUAUCCAGGGACCUAGGCAUACUCUGGACUUUGUGCAGGGCUCUGCAGCCAGUUCCCGUGGCCAUGGUAUAAGGAGGGAUACCCCCUCUGGGGCUUGCAAUGCUGUUUUUGUGUGUACAGCCUGAUAUAUACUGUAAAAUAGAGUAACAUGCAUGCAUUGGUUCCAUGUAGUCUUGCAUAUCUUUGAGUUAGGCAAAGCAUGGCCCUGGAUGAGAUCUGCAGCACUAGCAGGUACCAUCUGAGAACCAGUUGCAGCAAAGCUAAGGCACCUCUGCACCAGGCUCAGGAGCAAUGGAACUGUGAUUGGAGCCUGUGCACAGCCCUCUGGUUCUCUGAUAUUACUUUCCCAUUAUCUCUGCUUGCCCUGGCAUGGGUGUGAGCAGAAACCCUCUUCUCCGGAACCAGCCUCUUCCACAUGGAGAGGGCACUGGCCUAGAAGAUCCUGUUACUUGCUCUGCCCUGGAUUCGAUGUAUGACCAUAGGCAAGCCUCUCCACUCUUUGCCUCCCCAGUGGUACUAGAUUGUAUUAUUUGCCUUGCUCCCAGGAUGUCUGUAAGGGUUCUGAGAUCCCUGGGUGAAAAGUGCAUGUGCAAAGUAUCAUUGUUACUUGGUCUUUAAAUGAUGCCAUCAGCCAUCCCAGUGUUUGACAGAACCAUUUGCUUCUGUUGGUUUCAUGGCACUGGUAGCAGAACUGCACUGGCUAAAUGGCUUAUGCGAGGAAGAACCACACUGACACCUUGUCAGUAAGCAAUGGUGGGGAAAGGAGAUCCAGGAAAAGCAUGAGGGCAAUAUAUGAUCUCUGUUGCGUUGGGAAGACAGGGUCAGAGACUUCUCCAUUGAGAGAAAUUGCAAGCAAAGCAGCACAGACAACUGGUCUGAACCCUACAGAUGCAAGCUUAAUUCAAAGCAGCAGACCAUUUUUCUCAAAUAAAUUGAUUUCAAUGAUGCUGAUAACAGCUCCACUGACUGCACUAGACUGAAAAUAAGAUGCGUUUGGAAGCCAAAAUUCAGUUUGCCUGCAAAUGGAGUCAUCAUUUGAAUUCUGUUUUGCUCUGAGGUUUUUGUUCUUGGCAAAUCUAAUCCUUGCUGUAAAAGAACAAUACAGCCCCUGCCAGCAGAUCACUGCAAAAGCAUGAAUGAAGCAUUAUAGACAGACCCCUGGUCCCAGUGCUACAUUUAAAUCCAUAGUUCUAUUCCAGACCUAAGCAAAAAAUUUUCAGUUGUGAAAUCUUACAAAGCAGGGAUACUGGGGAAUGAUCAUCCUUCCAGCAGGUGAGUAAAGGAGGAGGCUCUGUGGGUCAGAGGGAGAGCAAGGGGCAGGUUUCCUGUUUGAAAUGCACAAUAUUUGUAUGAACCAUUCUAGCCAAUUCAUCUUUCAAUUGCAAUAAGAAAAAAGAACCACAAACCUAGAAACAAUAAACAGACCAUCUGAAUCAACGUUGUAUUUCUGUCACUAAAAUUCCACCUCUGAAAAGGGAUGUUGUGCCUUUAAGGAUCAAAAAUAUUCAUGCUGGUCAUUUAUUAAUGAUGCUGUAGGUGACCUCCUGGUGUUUCACCUCAAAACAAGAGAGGAUCAGGCUUUAAGCAAUUGUUAACAAUUUGUAGUACUGUAUCUUUUUAACUCUUUAUAAUGUCAAAAGGCAAUACUUCGAGAAGAAUGUUUCGUGCCACCACAUCACAGAGAUCCAAUCCCGAUUUUUACUGAAUUUUGAAGAAAAAAAAAGGAACACAAAGGCUGUUACGUUCUUUGGGAUAACUAGACAAUGUCUUUUUAUUGCACUCUGAUUGCUGUUUUGUUAAUUCCAGUAAGGUACUUUUGUUGGAACUCAAACCACUACUUUGAACUGUUCUGUGCGUACUUUGCAUUUGUAAGAUCCUUGUUCUCUCAGUGAUGUUGAUGCUUUGCAACAAAUCUUUAUAUUGGUCCAAGUGGAUUUGUCUUAAGUAUACAAUUUAAAACAUUUUAUUCACAAUAUUUCUGAUUCAUUUGUAGGUUGCUCUUUUUUGACAACUCAAGGGUUUCUCUGUAAAGGACUGAAUAAAAGUUCUUUCAGCAUUGUUUACACUUAA